CCUGCUGUUGAGCGGGGUUAUGCGCUUUACAAAUGCUAUUUAUUAUUAUCACCACGUUCUUCUACUAUAUCAUAGAGUCAACAAAGGAGAGACGACUCGUGAGGAGACAAGAUGGCGUCCGCCUUCUCCCAGACGGAAGUGUGUCGUGCAGUGUGCGAGACGUGUCCAGGGGACAAGGUGGGCGAGCUGGGCGUGGUCGACUACAUCCUGUUGGCGCUUGUCUUGGUCGUCUCUGCUGGCAUUGGUAUAUAUUACAUCAUCAAGGAGUACCGCAUGGCCCACAAGGCGACGUCCGAGGAUAUCUUGAUGGGCGGGAGAGACAUGGCCAUCUUCCCCAUCGCUAUGUCCCUCAUGGCCAGUUUCAUGUCGGCCAUCACUGUGCUGGGAACUCCCACGGAGAUGUACCAGGUGAACACCGCCUACUGGCUGGCUGGACUGUCCAUGAUCCCCACCUGUAUAGUGACCAAUCACGUGUUCCUACCCUUCUUCCACAAGCUCAGCUUCACCAGCGCCUACGAGUACCUGGAGGUGCGCUUCAGCUUUGCCGUGAGAGCCUGGGCCUCAGUGAUGUUUGUAGUCAACAUGCUACUGUACAUGGGAGUUGUACUGUAUGCCCCCUCACUGGCUCUCAACGCAGUUACGGAUCUUCCUCUAUGGGCCUGUAUUCUCACCAUAGGACUUGUCUGUACAUUUUACACAGCCUUGCCCUGGGAGCAAGCUAAUCUAAAAUUCAAAAAGACCUGCCGUUUCCUCUCAAGAGCCCUAGCCCUGUAUGUGUCUCUCCCUCUGACCGUUAUCCUGUCCACUCUGGUCUGUCUGGUCGGACUGGUCAUCUUCGCCGCAUACUCCAAGUGUGACCCCUACCUGCUGGACAUUGUCAGAGCCAGGGACCAGUUACUCCCCCUCCUGGUCAUGGACAAGCUAACUGUGGCCCCUGGUCUGGCCGGCCUCUUUGUGGCCUGUCUUUUUAGCGCCUCUCUCAGGUAUGUGCUCAAAGAACUGGGUGGACUGACGGGCGGGGCUGUUGUCAUUGGCCUGGGCUUCCUGUUCAGUCAGCUGGGACAGACUGUGUUGCAGAUUAUGCUGUCUAUCUUCGGCAUGGUUGGAGGACCUUUAUUGGGUCUCUUCAUAUGUGGCAUAUUUUUCCCUUAUAUCGAGGCAAAGGGUGCGCUGUGGGGAUUUCUCACCAGCUCUUUCAUCUCCUUCUGGAUGGGGAUUGGCGCCACUGUGGUACUUCCGGUGCCGGAAGUGUCCGGGGUCUCUCUCUCCUCCUGCAGGAACCGCGACAUUCUGGACAUGAAGUGUCGGUUUGGCAAUGUGACAGACGAGUUUUUGGCGGGUUUAAUGAAUGCUACAACAACUACGACGGCCGCUGCUGGCGUUACUAUGACGACAACGACAACAACAACGAUGCAGGGAAAUACGUCGUCUCAUCCCGAGCCGGAGUACAAUGGCACUGACUUAUGGAUCUACCAUGUGUCGUACCUGUGGUAUGCCCUGGCUGCCGUGGUGGUCCACAUUGUGGCCUCACACAUCAUCUCUAUAGGCUACAGCUGCUACAAACGAGCUAACGGCCCAGAGGACGUGAAAGGUAACCUGAUCCACUCCAUGGUAGACCGGGUCUGUUGCUACUGGUCUCUGUCUUGUCAAAGGAUUGACCGCACCGAGGAAAAGGAGGAAAAUUUUGAACUGCAAGAACGUCACGAGCCAGAUCCCAUCAGCACCAUAACUAACGGGGACGACAUGAGAAAGGGGCGUGGUCAGGAGGCCUACACAAAUCACAGCUACGUCACAGAUUACACAGACACUCCCACUACUAGGAUGUGA